AUGUCAGCACCAGGUCCGCCGUCAGGGCCUUCCCAGGUACCAAUCGAUCCAGCAAGAGCGGCGGAGAGCAACACGGCUCGUAUUGUCAGCAUUGUCACAGUAUUUCAUGUCAUUGCUUUGACGACGAUCGCAUUACGCAUCUACGCACGAGUCUGGGUCAUUCGGAAUCCUGGAGCAGAUGACUGGGUUAUGCUUCUCUGUGCUGCCUGCGCUAUGGGAGGCUGGAGCAUCUUCAUCAUACAGGCACAUUACGGACUCGGAAAACACCAGGAUACAAUCGAAACGCCCGACUUCAAGAUUUUCCAGCAUGCUGGUUUCUGGCAAUCCAUCAUCUCGGCCGCCGGGGCGCUGAUGUGGCUCAAGAUAUCCAUUGCCCUGAACCUAUUACGACUCAGUCAGAACAAGUGGUAUACUUGGUCUCUGUGGGCCACGAUCGCAUUCAACAUCUUCACUGAUGUGGUAUUGGCGACACUUCCCAUCCCCAUUAUCUGGAACCUUCAGAUGAAACGACGAGUCCGUCUCUCCGUCAUUGUCAUUCUCAGUCUAGGCUACUUCCUUCAGCUCCAAUUGGGCAUUAUCGCGGCUUGUGCACCAGCCCUCAAACCACUCGUCAGCCGCUUUCUCAAGCUCUCCACGGCUGGGGACCACCGGUAUCCCUCGGGCCGCUCCCAGCCCCCGGGGAGCAUCGGUUUGCAGACGAUAGGCGGUUCAGGGCCCGCGCGACGCCACACAAUGAAACCCAGCUUCGAAUCAGACGAGAGGGUCAGUGGGGGUAGCGACGGCGGCAGUCUGGGCGGCGCGGGCUCCAAGGGGCAGAACGAGAUCUCUGUCCAGGGAGCAUUCUACAAGCAUGGCGAAGGGGGCAGCGAAGAGAGGAUCCUGGAGGAUCAAUCGGGGCGUAUGGGGCCGCAGCGGGUAAAAGGGAUUAUGCGGACCACCGAGGUGAUCGUCCAGUAA